UUGUCGUUUUACAGAAAUCAGUUAAAAGUUUAGGGGGUGUUUAACCGUCAUCGUGAAAUGGGCGAGUAGUAUUUUCUGAAUAGUAUUUGACAUACAGAUUAAAGUCGAGAACUCAUGGAAGUACCUGGGAAAAGAAAUCAACACAAAAUUGAAGAUGAACAAAAAUCUGGUCAAGUUGGAAGGGAGGAUGCAGGAACAAUAUCCGUCGAAGGAAGGCAUUCGAAUUUUGUGGAAUCAAAUAAUUCAAAGAUGAAUUCUGCUGAAAGAGAGCAAAAAAAAAUAUCUGAUGAUAAUGAUCCGGAUAAUGAACAGCCUGUUAACCUUCGUGGUAAAAGAUUUCCGGAUUCAAUUAGGGAAAGUAAUAAACCGGAACUAAGAGGACAAUCGUCAGAUGCACUAUUAUCACCCUCUGCAAUAUCACCCUAUACAAACGCACAAGACGAAAUCUCACAAAAUAGAAAUACACAGUUAAAACCCUUUCAUAAUUUUGACUUAAAACCUAAAUAUACUCUAAAGACAACACGAAAAGUUGAUAACCGUACAUUAAUGGAUGAUGAGUUAACAAACCAUGAUCAAAUUCCUGACUAUAUUUUAAGAACAUUAAUGAUUGCUAAUUACCAUGCACGAGAGUUUACCGUGACCUCAAGUAAAGACAAAACUAAAUAUAGUUAUGAAUCUGAUGAAAGUGACAGUGAAGAUGAAGAUGAUGAGCACGAAGAUAUGGAUGUAGGGGAGGUCAAUCCCAUGGAUGCUUUGAUUGGUGUCUUUCAUUGCUCUGACGAAUUUUUACGUCAAGAUCUUGCUAAAAAAUUGUCCGCAUGUCAACUUAGUGUUCCUUUUCUCCUGCCAAACCCUGAAGCGCCUUCCGAAGACGUCACAGUUUUGUUCUCAGCACUAGAGAACGUCACAAAGGCUUGGAAAGGGACAUUUGAUGAUAAUGAUGGUGCACAACAGGUCUUUGCUAUCGAACAUCCAUUUCCGAUAGUUUCUUUUAUCCGCAUCGGCGAACCUAACAAGUCAAAAUCAUCCUUGAUUAACAAAAUUAUGAGUGACGGAAGCAAAGAUCAUGAUAUUUUUUUCCACAAAAAUAUGAAAGGUGGAAACGUUAAAAGAAAAAUCGUAGAUGGAUUGGUUGAAUUGGGCUGGUUUCUUCCAGGAGGGAAUGAGAAACAGACCCUACAAAAAGAAAUUUGUUUUGCCAAUCUUCGAGGAGAUGCCAUGGAAUUCAGAAAGCAGAGAGAUUUUCUUUCAACGAUCUCAUCCGUGUUAUGCAUUUUACUGCCGUCCAAUUACCCGGACGACGCUACGAAAAUAUUGUUGGGAAAAGCAGCACUUAAUGAAGCAAAAGUUAUUUUUAUUUUCAAUGAAAAACCCUCAACCGAUGCAGAUAAUUAUUUCAAAGAACUAAGGAGAGCACACCGUGGAAAAUUGUCUUUGAUAACAGAAACAAAAAAAUCCAAUGAAUACGAUUUUCUUAAAAGUAUACGAGUAAAUAUCCAGAAGACCAUAGAAGAAGUGACGCCGAUACCAAUCGUCGAACGUGCAACCUGUGCAUUGGAGUGUGGAAUUCGCUCUGAUGAAGACCAACCGUAUAUCAGAUUUGAGACGUGCGUAGACUCGUGGUUGGAAAUGGAGGUACAGGAAGCUAAAAAACUUCUGACACUACAAACGCAUGUCCCAAUUUUGGCAGAUUUGGAACGAGAAAAAUUUUGUCCCAAACACAAAAGUAGCAAAUCAAAAAGUCAAUGUACCAAACGAGAUGUUGACGAAAUUUAUAGAGACAUCACAGAAGAAAGGGAGGCACAAAAAGAAUCUUUCCAACGCCUGGACGAACGAGUGCUUCAUUAUCUCAAUUGUGUUGCAGUGAUGGGUGAAAGUCAACGAAAUAAAUCCUUAAAUAAAUUAAAACAUCAAUUAGAUAAAAUGUCUCUAAAGGUAAUGACUCAGUUGCAUCAAAAAUAUUGUGAGGCUUCGCUUGAACUUCAAAAGAAGAGGAAGAAAACACCUCUCACAGCGGACACACAACUGCCUGAGUAUGAGCAUUUGAAACACUUGGAAAAAUCAAUUGCGAAUAGCUCGUUUGGCUUAGAACACAUCAUAAGAGAACUUGCCCAACUAUACCAACUUCCUGACAUCCCUACUAAUGAUUAUGCUGGUGCCGCUGCAGAUAUUUUGCUGUCUGGUCAGCCUCUUGAGCUGCUAGAUGGCGAUUCCUCAUAUAUUCCACUAAAAUGGUUCAAUGCUGUAUAUAGUAAACUAGAACAGAAAACAAAUAACGCUAAGCUAUACGUAAUUUCUGUUUUAGGAAUUCAAAGUUCAGGUAAGUCGACAAUGUUAAAUACGAUGUUUGGUUUAGAAUUUGCAGUCAGUGCUGGCAGGUGUACGCGCGGAGCUUUUGCUAGUCUUAUUCCUGUUGGUGAUUCCCUCAAAACUGUGUCGAAGUUUGAUUAUGUCUUAAUCAUUGAUACUGAAGGUCUUAGAGGAUCUGGUAAUCCGAAGCUGCGGGAACAUGACAAUGAGCUGGCAACAUUUGCAAUUGGUGUUGCUGAUGUGACUAUUGUGAAUAUCUUUGGGGAAAAUCACAAUGAAAUGAAAGAGUUCUUGGAAAUUGCUGUGCAUGCUUUUUUGAAGAUGAAGCUUGUAAAAGAGAGAAAGAAAUGCAAAAUUGUUCACCAAAAUGUUGCUGCAACUGAUGCAAAAGAAAAAUUGACCAUCGACCGUUCAAACCUAAAGGAAGAUCUUGACAAAAUGACCAGAGUAGCAGCAAUGCAAGAAAAUUGUGAAGAGGAAUUUCAAAAAUUGGACGACAUCAUGUCAUUUGACGAGAAUGAAGAUGUAUUUUACAUACCAAGCCUACUGCAAGGUAAUCCACCAAUGGCCCCAGUAAACCCCAACUAUGGAAGAGGGGUCGAAAAGAUCAAACAAAAUAUUAUUACCUUGAUGUCGUCGAAAGAUUGUUUUCAACUUUCUGUAUCCCAGUUUCGAGAAAGAGUCUGUAACCUUUGGAACGCUAUUCUAAAAGAAAACUUUAUAUUCAAUUUCCGUAAUGUAAUCGAAGUUAGAGCGUACGCAUCUUUAGACCGAAAGUUUUUCGAAGAAUCUGUGAAUUUGAUGGCAACGGGAAUGACAGACCUGGAAAGAAAAAUCGAGGUAGCUCUUAGGAGAUGCACAACAAAAGAUGAACGUAAGGAAGUAUGGAAUGGGUACAGAACACAUAUAGGAAAAGAGGCAGCUGCUCUUGGACAGAAAAUGGAAACGGCAAUGGAUGUUUUCUUUGAAACAAGCGAAGAUAAGGUAACCCUUGAGCAAUGGAGAGGAAACAUUAUGAAGAAAAUCAUACAAAUGCAAGACAAUCAAUCCAUGGAGGUCACUAACAACUGCUUAGCAGCUUAUAAUUAUUGGCAGAAUCGACAAGAUGUUGAUGAAAAAAAACAAAGCUAUCAAAAUGAACUCCUCCAAAAGGCAAAAAAGUUAAUAACUUCAGCUCAAAAUACUGGCGAUACAGAGAAAUUUUUAGCAGCGUUUGAACACGAAUGGAACCAAUGGAUGGUAGAUGUUCCACUUUGUCAGGAAAAAAAAACAAAUGUCGAUGGCAAUAUGUUGGAAGUUCUUCGCGAAACAAACCGCGCUCUAAAUGCGGAAAUGACUGGAAAAUUAGAGAAACAUGGAUACUCCAUAUUAAACUUUAAGGUUGUUUCUCCACAAAUUGACCUCAAACAACUUAGCAUAAAGUGGUAUAAUAAAUUGUAUAAUUUUGUAGUUCAGCAAAAACAGGAAGUUCUCUCAGAAGCAAAAAAAAUCAGUGAUGAAGCGACUGGUAAGGCGCUUGAUUUUGCAAGAAAAACUUCGCAAUCUGGAGUUAGGUGCAACAACAAUGACCUCGCCCAAAUGUAUCAUAUGGCCAUUACUACCCUGGACAAGGAAUCAGAAAGGUACAGCUUUAAAUUUUGCGACUCCUUAAAAUGUGAUAUAUUGCUUUAUACAUUUGCCCAAGCUUUCGAUAUUUUCGAUGAAAUGGAAACCCGGUAUUUAAACGAACGGAACAUUCGGGAAGACCUGGAAAAAAACCUGCGACCAAUGUUGAAAACAUAUUUCAAAAAUCUUUGCGAAAAGAUGGGGAGAGAAGUUUUGGCUGCUACGUCAUUCGCUGAUGUUCUUCAAAAGCCAAUUGAGUCGGAGCUGAACCGCAUCAUGGGCCCUGCAGUGGCGAAAGAAGUAAUGGCGAACCAGACUGAGUUCCAGAGUAAAGGUCAAUUUCAUGCCAGUGUCCUUAUUCAACUUGGAAAGGAAGGUAAAUUUGAAGCAUAUAUACCUUACCUGGAAGAUCCUUUUAGCUUCCUUAAAACAAAAAUGCAAGAAUCGGUAGAAAACUACUGUUUAAACAAGACGCCUAACCCCACGAUAAAAAUUUUGAUAAAAACGGUCAAAUUUAUAAAAAAAAAAAUUUUCGCUGCGAUUUCCAUCGCGAGCAAUGAGACAAAAACUGCGGACGAAAAAUUGACUUUUUGGGUUGGACAAUUUGUGAAAGAAUGUUCUACGCUCGCGAUUACGAAAGAAAUGUUCGCAGUGGCUGCAAUUGAUGAUGAUUUGAAAGACAUUGAUGUGUUUGAGGCCAAGGUAUGCAAAAGUGUAAAACAAUUCCUUGAAUCAUUGAUCAAGUGUGGGGUGAAUCGUUCAACGAUGAGUAAAUGGAAUCCAACACCAUGCGAUCAUUUGUUGAAUGCAUCAAUGUUCGGUUGUCAAAGUUUUUGUCCAUUCUGCAAAGGUCUUUGUGAUAAUACCGUUCCCAAUCAUCCAGGUAGUCAUUCUACAAAAAUCCAUCGUCCGAUUGGAUUAACCGGAUACAGCGACAUUGACACGGAAAUAUUAGAAAUUAGUAUUUGUACAAACAAUGUCGCCAAUGAGACUAUGUUUCGAAACCGGGACACUUGUGGAGAAUGGCAUUACUACAAAGAUUAUCAAUCCGUCAAUGAUUAUUACAAAUCAUGGUCAAUUCCCCCCGACCCUUCAUUUGAGGCAUCCGAGUAUUGGCAGUGGUUUGUUGCAAAAUUUUGGAAAGAUUUGGCAGCGUAUUACAACGUGAAGGAACCAGAAGUCCCUUCAUCUUGGAAAAACCGUUCGUUCAAAGAGGUAGAGCGCAAACUUCGACAGGAAUACAAUAUGGUGAAAAAAGUGUCCUUUGAGAAUCCAUUACAAUGUGACAAAUGAAAUAAAAAAAUCAUGCGAUUCUCUUGCAUUACUCCGUAGUAUGUGUUUUUGCAGAAUAAUAGUAUAGCAACCUUACAUGUAAACUAUUUAGUUUUAUAUGCAACUUAGAAAAGACAAGCAAUAUUGUUACUGAUUAUUGCACGUGUAUCCAUUAAUCUAAGAAAGUAAUGACUUUAAAAAAAAUUUAUUAAGUUUGAUAAACAUAAUAUUCUCAGUUAGUUUAAAUGUUAUGACGGUAAUAUGCAAUACUAAUAUUCCGAAAAUGGUUAAAUAUUUUUAAUGACGGCAAUGAAACUUUCAAAUUUUAAUCACGGAAUAAUGAUACUUAAACACGUAUACCUAAAACCUAUCAAUAUGAUUGAUAUACAUAGGAACAACCCGCUAUACACUAAGCAACACAUGAAGCAACUUUUAACCUGCAUUCAUGCCUAAUGCACAAAUAUUAUACAAGCACUAAGGAUAUAGAGUAUAUACAUCAUGCACAGUUACACUGCACAAGUCAUGUCCUUCCUCCAUUACGACUUUCGUAACUGGUACAACGUCAAGUUUGGAUUCCUCAGCGAAAUGUCAAACCAACCGACGAACCACAAAAUAUUCAGUUUUUUUUACAAAGAACGAUUGGAUUAUCCGAACUGUAAGUUCAAAUGGACUAUUAGCUAGAAUAAUAUAUUAAGUAUACUGUACAGUAUUGUUUUUCUUUAAAUGCAAAACUGUCAUAUUCUCCUUAAAUUUGAUUGACAACUUGUUUCGAUUACAAAAUAUAUCAAGUGAACAUAUACAGUGUCAGAAAAAUCUAGUACAGAUGCUAUCAGGAAGAUUUCGGUGUUGCGAUGAUAUGUUGAUGUCGCACUACAUUUGCAUUAGGUUCGGAAGUGAUGAUUAUGGGGUUUGCGAUUUUUACCGAUUAUAUCUCAAGUCACACAUUGAAUUUGCUGUUCAUAUUCCUCAUUGAUCCAAUAAUACUUUCCUAAACUGAAAGUAACCGCCAAAUGUUUCUAAGCAAAAUUGAUAAGCUAUGAAUUAUCUCAUUUCGUCCAUAGUAAUUUUUUUCGUCCAUUCAUUAUACUGAACACUUGAUAUUCCGAAACCAAGGCAACAAUAAUGCCCUCAUUGGAAGACGACAAUACGAGUAGAAUGGGAAAGUCUAAAUGAAAUUGUCAAUAAAGCAACGGCUUUGGACAAGAAAUACGCGGGAAGAAAAUGUUGUGUGUCAAUGGCUUGCAAUAAAGCAUUGAUUUAACGGUGAAGUGAUGCAGAGGCUUAGGCAUGGAGCUAUAAAGAGCGAGUGUUAUUAAAAACUUGAACCAUGCAAUAAUACAACGUUUAAUGGAAAACGUUUUUAAGGAACAGCAACGCGGAGUAUGAAAGAUUACUAUAUAACAAUGAUGAUUUGGUUUGCCACUUCAAAUCUACAGUAUGAACAGUCGUAUUACCAUAGCUGUCUAAAAAUAAAGGAAAUAAACAGGGAGCAUAUCAUUUACAUCACAUUUCGUAGUAAAAGUGACAAUUUAUCUGGAUAAACGAAGCAGAUUCGACGAUGACCAAAUCAAACAUGAACGAUCGUGUUGGAUGUGUAAAAAUAUCGGCAGUUCAACUUAAGAAAAUGAACUACACAAUUUCAACAACUAUAAAAUUGAUGAAGCUUAGAUCGAUGAAGAACAUUGUUGCAAAGUUUGGAAUCAGUUCCUUUUUUCACGUGUUCUUCUGUAAAAAAGCACCAUUCUAGGAUAUGAAAAAGUGACAGAGAACUAAUGGACAUAUACAAUUGUGAUUAUUUGUCUUUCGUAUCAUGUCGAGAAGGAAAACAGAUAAUUUAAAGGGAAAUUAAUCAGGAAUCGUCAACGAAACAUUGAUGCCAAACUUGAAUUCAAGUGUUGUUUGUAUAAUGAUUUGGAGUAAUAGCUUAAGUACUAAAUUGGGGUUGUCUGACUGCACCAUUCCAAUAAAAAACAGUCGUUUAAAUUUUUGUCUCGCGGGUUAAAGUUGGAAAGUUUUAUUGCAUUAAAUUGUCGGAAAUUAUACCGUAAUAUGAUGGCAAAUAUCAGUGAUAAUGGCAAAACAUGAAAAUUUUCUCCCAAACUGUUACGUAAGUAUUUCCAUUCCUAAAAGUAGAGCUUACCAAUGCGCACUGAAAAAAUUGUUUUUAG